UCCCUCCCCUCCUUGACCUGUGCUUCUCCCUCUCUCCUGUGGCUUCCGCCUUUCGCUUCCCGCCUCCCGUUUAUGUUUGCUCAGUUUAGCUCACUUCGGUUUGCCUCGUUACCGUACCUGGUAUUUGCCGCUUGUGUUAGUCUCCGUGUCUGAUGACGCGACGAAUCAAAUCAACUAGCCUUUCAUUACGACCUCUGGUUGAAAUUCUCACAACCAGAACCUAGCGUAUGGCGACAAUCUUUCGCCGUCGCUGGAAGUAGGGCGUACAGGCUCGCUGCUCGUAGCGUAGCGUCCAGACCAAACUUGUAAACCACUAGGUUUGUCGUAGGGUGGUAACUCUCGUCUUAGUUAGGCUUCGCGCUAGUUCACGAACUCUCGCUGCAUCGGCACGUUACCCGUGUUACCACCCAGUUCCGCCGCGCCUCACGGGAGGCCAUGGCGACGAGCCCCACUCGCACAGAAACGUCUAACGAAGCCGACCUAGACAAGCGCGCGGGCGGAAAGGAUGGCAGUCGGGGAGGUGGCGCGAGCAGUUCGGAGCAGGACCUUACCAAGGGCUCCGACCCCAAGUCCUUGAGGCGCCUGGUGCAGAACCGAGAGGCCGCCAGGAAGAGCCGACUGCGCAAAAAGGCGUACGUGCAACAGUUGGAGACCAGUCGCAACAGAAUGCAGCAGCUGGAGCAGGAGCUGGGUCGCCUGCGCAACCAGGUGGCAGUGCAGGGCAGCAGCACGGACCAGUCCCUGUCGCUGUCAGCAGGAGCACAGGGGGGGGCUGGCGCAGUGGCAGUCAACCCCAAUGUCAAUCCAGGCGCGGCGGCGUUUGACAUGGAGUAUGCGCGGUGGGUGGAGGAGCAGCAUCGCAUGAUGUGCGAGCUCAGAUCUGCACUGCAGUCCCGGCUCGGCGACCAGGAACUGUGCGUGCUGGUGGAGGCGAUAAUGACGCACUACGACGAGCUGUUCCGCGUGAAGGCGGUGGCGGCGAAGGCGGACGUGUUCCACCUCAUCAGCGGCAUGUGGAAGACGCCCGCCGAGCGCUGCUUCCUCUGGAUGGGCGGCUUCAGGCCCUCCGAGCUCCUCAAGGUGCUGAUCCCGCAGAUAGAGCCGCUGACAGAGCAGCAGCUGAUGGGCAUCUGCAACCUGCAGCAGUCGUCGCAGCAGGCGGAGGACGCGCUCUCCCAGGGCAUGGAGGCGCUGCAGCAGUCGCUGGCCGACACGCUCAGCGCGGGGUCGCUGGGGGCGGCCAGCAACGUGGCCAACUACAUGGGGCAGAUGGCCAUGGCCAUGGGGAAGCUCAGCACUCUGGAAUCGUUCGUCAAGCAGGCGGACAGCUUGCGACAGCAGACGCUGCAGCAGAUGCACAGGAUACUGACCACGCGGCAGGCCGCGCGGGGCCUGCUCGCCAUGGGUGACUACUUCGCCCGCCUGCGCGCCCUCAGCUCGCUCUGGGCCGCGCGGCCACGUGACCAGUGAUGCGAUUUGGAUGCUCUGUAGCUGACCUGCCAUUGUGGUGAUGUGGUGCUGUGGUGCUGUGGUGCUGUGGUGCACUUUCAUCCCUUCCAUCUGGUCAAGAAGCAGCUAUUGGGUGGAGCUAGCACUGGAGCCUGAUUCCUUCAUACUUGUCUGUGAAGGGGGUUUGCUGCUGGCUGGCUGGCUUGCUUGUUACGGAAUUGCUCUUGGUGACGGAGUGAGGGGUGACGGAGUGACGGAGCUGGGUAUAGGACAGGGCACUAAGCUAUACCCAACGUUCACCAAGCAUUCACCCAGCAUUGACCCAGUAUUCACCCUCCAUCCACCCCCCUUUCGCCCUACAUUCAUCCGUCACUCACCUAACAUUCGCCUCGCCCUGCAUUCAUCCACCAUUCACCCAUAGGACUACAUGGGUGCUGCAGCAUGAGGGUGCCUGCAGCUAAACUGCUGAAAUACUCUCGAAUGCUUGCUCCUCCUGGCCUCCAUUCUUAAGCCCAGGUAGCCUUCUGCUCUGCCUAGGUACCUGUCGCUGUUGGGGGAUGCUAUCUGCUGCUCAUUACCGAAUCAUAUGACGGCAUGGUAAUGAUCUAGGCUGUACAUAGGUGAUUCAUUAGUAAAAUAAAGAAAGGCUGGUACCGUUUACCCAU